AUGUUAACGAAGAUAAUCACCACAACCGAAGUAGUCCCAAAUACUAAAGGAACCACAGAUGCCUCAGUAACUCUGUUUGUGAGGAUGGCUGGCAAACUGCCAGAACACAGGAAACGUUAUUUCUGUGAUCUAUUCAGGACUACUGUUCUCUUUUGGCCUUCCUGUUAUGGGAAGAUUCUCGUUUUACUUGAUGAAGAGUCAGAGGAGGAUCAUGUAUUUGGAGAUAAGAUAUUAGAUCAAACCAAGAAAUACUUUCCUGACUAUAAACUUGAGGUGCAGUAUGAGGCCCUUCCAAAGGAAAAAAGCACCCUGGACUUUCCAGGUAUGCCAAAACCGCCCGGUUACAACAGACAGCUUUGGAGUAGCUUCUUUAUGGAUUUGUUUACAAAUGACUCUAUUAUAGCGUGGAUGGACAAUGACGCCGCCUUUAUCACCCCAGUAACUAAAUCCAUGAUUUUUACUGGCACAAAGUUACGGAAUUUAGGCUCAGGUUGCACACAACAUAGGAGCUGGAUACGUACUUGGGCAGAAACUACAGAACUUGCGCUUGGGUUGCCCUUUGUUACUGAUUUCAUGACGUAUUUUCCGGUUUACAUCUACAGGGACACCUUUACUCGCUGCAGAGAACAUAUACUGAAACGGUUUAACACCAGCAACUUUGAGGAGGCGUUCAGAAAGUUCUACAAGGGCUAUAUUAGUCCAGUCAGCAUUAUAAUGGGUUAUGCCUGGUACUUCGAGAGAGACCGCUACGACUGGAAUUUCGAGAUCUGCAAUGGUCUUUCAGAGUACAAUAAAAGAUUUGCAAAUGGUCAUAAUACCAUUGGACCAGAAGAUGUAGAAACUAUUUUGUCCGAGCCUCAAGCAACUUUCCACGUGCCAUAUGCAGAGUUUUUGUCUUCAAACAUUUUAGUCAGUUACUGCUUGUCACAGAAAGCGGCAGGAAAUAACUUGGAUAUAUGCUCCAGUCGUUCUAUGUCAAUGAGCGAUAAUUUUGUUCUCUUAAACUUCGAUCUACAGUUCGUUAAAACUGUGGACGAAACGCCGUGUACUGGAAACCAUACCAGUACUUGUUUGCAAGUUUUAGAGCGCCAUUAUAACCAAAUCGGAUCUGAGAUUAAAAAAGGACGCGAGGUGGAAUGGCGCAAUGUUGAAACAGUUGAGAAGCUUGCUAAUGAAUUAGAUAUACAAUGUUCGUCGCUUACGUAA